CAGGGCUCGGCUCGGCACAGCGCGUUCUUGGCUGCUUCCCCGGACCGGGGAGGAGGCGGCGGCGGCGGCGCAAACCAGCUGAACUCUGCGGUCUCCUCGUCCCACCCUCGGGAGCCUGCCGGCGACUGGCUCCGGAGAGCAGGGGGUGGAGACAGCCCUGGGUCGGCGCUGCAGUCGCGGUGUCAGGAAGGAGGGAAGGAGGAGGCACUUGCCGCGGAGACACCGGAGGAGCGGGGCGCCGGCGCAGAGCAGCCCCAGAGUCACCGGUCUCGAGGCGCGCCAAGCGGGGACAUGCAGGCGACGCCCCCCGGAGUCCGGUCGCCCCAGCGGAGCCUGCCGGGCGCGUAUUCGCGGCCGGACCAGGGCGACAGAGAGCGCGGAGCCGCGAGCUCACCCGGCCCGAUGAGCGGCGAGGGCGGCUACAACUUCAGGCGGGUGGCCAUCCGGAGGAAGUCCAGCCCCUCCUACUUGCCCCCAGGAACCCCCCGGCCCUGGAGUAAGCCCCUGUCGCAGCCGAGAUGGGCCGGGACGGCCACUUUCAGGAGCCAGGCACCCAUGGCCGCCCCAGGCAGCAGCACCUGUCCAAAGAUCACUGUAGAUCCGCCUGGUUUGAAAAGCAGCACAACCACGCUGGUUGAUCAGAAUGCAUCUGAUGAAGAGGCUCAGGGAAUAAAUGGAAGAACGCCAGCAAAACACUCAGCUGCAAGUCCAAAGCCACAAGUGCCUCCAAAGCCAUUACAUCUGCAGAAUUCUCCUUCGUCCAAUAUACACCAAACCCCCAGGCAUAAAGCUUUAUCUAGUGCAAAACCAAGGAUGGAGGAAGUUAAACCUGCCUCUGCUUCUUGUGUCUCAAAAGAAAAACCCAGUAAGGUAUCAGAUCUCAUCAGUCGCUUUGAAGGAGGCAGCUCAUUAUCAAAUUAUAGUGAUUUGAAGAAAGAUGCUGCUGUGAACCUAAAUGCUCCUAAAAUCCCAGGAAGGCAUGGAUUGACAACCACACCUCAGCAAAAACUCCUCUCCCAGAACCCACCGCAGAAGCAGGGAAAUGAUACAGAUCAGACUCAGGGUGUACAGACUUGUGUGGCUAACGGUAUAACAGAGGCACAAAACCAGAUGGAAUGUGAGGAGGAUAAAGCGGCCACUCUCGGCCCAGAUACUCCUAUUCAAACUUCUGAACCCUUGCCCGAUACGGACUUAGUGAAUGGAGAAAGAGAUGAAACUACCACAGGCCCUGCAUCACCCACGACAGAUGUCUGUGAUGGAAAUGCUUCUGACAGUAGCUACAGGACUCCAGGUGUAGGCCCAGUGCUCUCCCUGGAUGAAGGAAGGGCAGACACAGAAGCUAAGGUACAAGAGAGAGAAAAUGGAGAAAGCCCUCUGGACCUGGACCAGCUGGACCAGCACCAUGAGAUGAAGGAGACUAAUGAGCAAAAGCUUCACAAAAUAGCCAAUGAACUUUUGCUUACAGAAAGAGCUUACGUCAACCGACUUGACCUCUUAGAUCAGGUAUUUUAUUGCAAACUAUUGGAAGAAGCAAAUCGAGGGUCAUUUCCAGCAGAGAUGGUGAAUAAAAUCUUUUCUAAUAUUUCAUCAAUAAAUGCCUUUCAUAGUAAAUUCCUAUUGCCAGAGCUGGAGAAACGAAUGCAAGAAUGGGAAACUACCCCUAGAAUUGGGGACAUCCUUCAGAAAUUGGCGCCAUUCCUUAAGAUGUAUGGAGAAUAUGUGAAAGGAUUUGAUAACGCAAUGGAAUUGGUUAAAAACAUGACAGAGCGUAUUCCCCAGUUCAAAUCAGUAGUUGAAGAAAUUCAGAAACAGAAGAUCUGUGGGAGCUUGACUUUGCAGCAUCACAUGCUAGAACCUGUUCAGCGAAUUCCCCGGUAUGAGAUGCUCCUUAAGGACUACCUAAGGAAAUUGCCCGCUGAUUCUCCGGAUUGGAAUGAUGCUAAAAAAUCACUUGAAAUUAUAUCUACAGCAGCAAGCCAUUCUAAUAGUGCAAUAAGAAAAAUGGAGAACCUAAAGAAACUCUUAGAGAUUUAUGAAAUGUUGGGAGAAGAAGAAGACAUUGUAAAUCCUUCAAAUGAACUAAUAAAAGAAGGACAGAUCCUCAAACUAGCUGCUCGGAACACGUCAGCACAAGAACGCUACCUUUUCUUAUUCAACAACAUGUUGCUGUACUGUGUGCCAAGAUUCAGCUUGGUGGGCUCUAAAUUCACAGUUCGAACCAGGGUUGGCAUCGAUGGAAUGAAAAUCCUAGAGACUCACAAUGAGGAAUACCCACACACUUUCCAGGUAUCUGGGAAGGAGAGAACACUGGAACUGCAAGCCAGUUCUGAGCAAGACAAAGAAGAAUGGAUCAAGGCCCUUCAAGAGACUAUUGAUGCUUUCCAUCAGAGACAUGAAACCUUCAGAAAUGCAAUUGCAAAGGAUAAUGACAUUCACUCAGAGGUUUCUACUGCUGAACUAGGGAAAAGAGCCCCACGAUGGAUCCGAGAUAAUGAAGUAACAAUGUGUAUGAAAUGCAAAGAGUCUUUCAAUGCACUGACAAGGAGAAGGCAUCACUGUCGGGCAUGUGGACAUGUGGUUUGUUGGAAGUGUUCUGAUUACAAAGCUCAACUUGAGUAUGAUGGUGGUAAAUUGAGCAAAGUUUGUAAAGACUGUUAUCAAAUAAUAAGUGGAUUCACAGACAGUGAAGAAAAGAAAAGAAAAGGAAUUUUAGAGAUUGAAUCAGCAGAAGUAUCUGGAAACAGCGUGGUGUGCAGCUUUCUUCAGUAUAUGGAGAAGUCCAAGCCUUGGCAGAAAGCUUGGUGUGUGAUCCCCAAACAAGACCCUCUCGUGCUGUACAUGUACGGUGCCCCCCAGGAUGUCAGAGCUCAGGCCACCAUUCCACUCCUGGGUUAUGUUGUGGAUGAUAUGCCACGGAGUGCAGACCUGCCACACAGUUUCAAACUGACCCAGUCCAAGUCUGUGCACAGCUUUGCCGCAGACAGUGAGGAACUGAAACAGAAAUGGCUGAAAAUCAUCCGUUUAGCUGUCACAGGUGAGACACCAGAUGGUCCUAAUGAGCAUCCAGCCGCCUUGGACGAUCAUCCUGAUCCUAAGAGAAAAUCAGAGUGCUGAACUCCAGGGCCGACCACGGCAUGGCGGGGGCUCCAGAUUUACAGCUCAAGACAUUCCCAGCUCUCCUUGUUCAUCUCUUAGCACUUUAUGUUGAAAAAUAUAGGCUCAUAAAUGCAUCUCUUGGGGGACUAUUUUCAUAUGUUUAUGUGCUCUUGGUGAAAUUAAUGUGCAGAGCCAUUCUACCGAUAAAAGUUUGAAAUAAUGUGAAAAAUGGAGCAUUUUUAAUGAGAUAUUCCUUGAACAUGUGCUUUUGUCUUGAAGAAAAUGGUAUCAGUUGAGUCUAUCACCAUCAGGUUAGAAUAGGCCACUUUCAUUUAAGAAACCCUUUAAUGUCUUCUCUUUCACAUGUAGGACUUGUAACAGUUUGAAAGAUAUACCUCUCUGUUGCCAAAUUAGAUCCAUGGUAAAAAAAAAAAUACAGGGACAGUUUAGACUAUAAUAUUAACUUAUUUAAUUUAGGUUAUAAAGCUCAACUGCAUAAAUAACAUAUGUUCUUUUAAAACAAAAGAAAAAGGACAAAUUGUUGGUGUUCAAAUUUCCAACUUAUUAAGAAAAGAUAAUACUUGUUUUUGUAGAAAUACUCCUAAGAAUGAAAUAUCCUAAGUAUAUAGCAAUUAUGUGUAUAUAGUAUUAAAUAUAAAUAUAAAAAUAUAUAUACUAUACAUGCUUUUCUCUUCGGCUUUAGGUUCAUACUUGUCUCUAAUUUAUUUUUUAAAUAUAAAGCAUGUUUCAUCUUGGAAUUGAGCAGUGUUCUAAACUUAAGAAAUGUUUUUGAUGAUUUCUGUUUAACUGAUUGACAUCUAAGGUUAUUGAUAUUUUUAUAAUAAAAAGUAAUUUAUGUGGCAUGGGAUAUAUUAGUGAAUUCCAACAGUAUUUUUAAAGUACUAUUCUUUUGUUCUGUGCCUAUUUAAAACAGUGCCUCUCUUUGAAGGUGCUAAUGAUACCUAUUUAAAUAUAAGAUGAGGGUUUAAUUAAUGCUUCAGUCUUGAUUAUUCUGAGAUAAAGUGCAUCUUGGUCACUGGGAUGGUCAGGUCAUACAGGUUAUUUUACCUUUUACAAUCUUAGUUGUUGCAGCAGUUAAUAUCAGCAUGUACAAAAACUUUCACCAAAACCUAAACCGUACAAGAUACCUGACCUUACACAGAACUGGGACAUAUGGAAACUACAUUUAUUGUAAUGUUUCUCUUUUCUAUAAGACUGUUAAGCGGGGUUAAAUGAGGACUAUGUAUAAUUAACACUUAAGAUAACUGUGUGGGCCUAUUCCUUUGUCAGAUAUGAAACAAAAUUCACAUGUGAUAAUCCAUGUUUGAGGGAGGUAGAUAGAUAUUAAAGGAAGUUUAUGCUCAACCCUUUAAACCACCUCACUAAAGUGAAGGAGGGACACAAUAUUGAAAAGCAAUAUUUUAAUGGCAGAAUUUGGGAAGGAACAAGAUGAUUGAAGAGAGUAUAAGCAUUUUUUUUUCUUUUAUCCUCUGGUGAAUUUUUUUUCCUGCUUUUUCUCCCCAUGUCCCCCCAGUACAUAGUUGUAUAUUUCAGUUGUGGGUCCUUCUAUUUGUGGCAUAUGGG